CUGACGUCUUCACCCAAUUAAGAGGGGUCGUCAACGUAUUCAAUUCAUAUCACUUCUAGUCUUCAAUAUUUCACCUCUCGCUGUUCCUUAGUUGUGACUUAUUGCUUCUUUAACUUGUCGUCGCCAUUCCUAGAAACCAAGCUACAAUGGCCUCGACUCACUCUCAAGCUCUACACAAUUUCAUCCUCACACCUCAACAGCAGAAUUUGCUAUUCCGCGCUCUUACUUCGAACCAGCCAGGCGGUAAUAGCGGCAGCUCAAACAACGCGAUGUCUCUCUCGCCUGAGUCAUUGUCCAAGUCUCCUGUCCAGACUCAGAAGACUGAACCCAACCUGGCUUCCCCGAACGGUACCUCCAAUGGCAUCCAGGAGAGUCCAUUCUUGGAUUAUGAUUACGAUCUGGGACCUGAUGCUAGUUUCGAUUUCGAUUUUGGUCAUGACGGUCAAGCAAAGAUGAUUGGGGAUCUCCCGGGCACUUCGCCCACUGACGACUCUAAAGCUAGUUCUCCUGAUGAGGAGAGCCCUGAUAAGAGAAGCCAUCCAGAUGACGAGGAUGAGGAGGAGGAAGAGGGUGGAGGCAAGCGAAGGGAGAGUGAAGGAAAGGUUCCCAAGAAACCUGGUCGCAAGCCUCUGAUGAACGAGCCUAGUUCGAAGAGAAAGGCCCAAAACCGCGCAGCUCAACGCGCGUUCCGAGAGCGCAAGGAGAAGCAUUUGAAGGACCUCGAGACGAAGGUAGAGGAGCUUGAAAAGGCCUCUACGGCAACCAACACUGAGAACACUCAGCUGCGUGCUCAGAUCGACAAGCUGACAAUGGAAUUGAACGAGUAUAAGAAGAAGUUGACGCUCCUUAACAGUCCGCGUUCAGUCACUACUAGCAGCAACCCAAGUCGGAAUUCAGUGUUUGGCAAUGCCGCGAUACAAAACUUGAGCGACGUCAACUUCCAAUUCGAGUUCCCCAAAUUUGGAGUCCUUCCCGGACCUCAGACUUCUUAUGCCUCUAUCCCCAGGACAUCAUUGUAUCACACGUCGUCAUCGGGCAACAGCCCCAACAGCCAGAAUCAGAAUAGCCCCAUGGAUAAGUCCAAGGACCAGACCACCGCUAAAUCCGCUAAGAGCAGGGAGAACUCUGAUGCACAGUCCAAAGAUGCAUCAUCGAAAUCCUCGGGAUCUCCCUACGACAGCACGUUCGGUGCCAGUGUAUCCAGGACCAGUCUGGAUUCUAGCCACAACAGCGUAAAUGGAGCAAACGCAGGUUCUCCUUGCUCGUCGACAGCGAACUCCAACAUGGGACCAAGCUCAUCUUGUGGAACCUCUCCUGAACCAUGCACUCAAUCACCGAUGGGCUUCAAGCCUGUGGAUACUCUUACCACGAUUGGCGAGGAACAACCAUCCUUGACGACUGAUUCUAUGAAUCAUUUUAAUAAUAUGGGAAACGUGGAUUUCUCCAGCAUCGACUGGAUGUCGCAGCAAAAUGGUGGCCAAUUCGAUCCGCAGCUUUUCGGUGACUACCGGGAGCCCCAGGACAAUAUCCUUGCGAGUGCUACUUUCGAUGACAGCUUCUUCAAUGACGCCUUUGACGUCGAUUUCACAACUCCAUAUAACGUAGCACCGAGUCCUAACGCGCCUAAGAAGAACCUGAUCGCCGAGAUCGACGCCCGUAAGGAAUCUGAGGAUACCAUCAUCAACAGCAACGGAAAGCUGCUUACGUGUAACAAUAUUUGGGAGAAACUGCAAGCCUGUCCCCGCGUACAGUCCGGGGACCUUGAUCUCGACGGUCUCUGCUCUGAUCUCCAAAAGAAGGCCAAGUGCGGUGGAUCUGGUGCCGUUGUUGAUGAGCAGGACUUCAAGGCUGUCAUGACCAAGUACCUAGGUGCUGACGCCGGAAAAUGCGCCUCGUCUGUAUCCGGGAGCGUUUCACUGUAAAAGAACAUAGCCGGAGGAUCAUCGCUUCUCGAUAGAGAGAGUGCUACUGCCUACCUACUAUUGUGCCACCACCAUCACCAUUCAUUGGGUAACGGCGGAAGGAGUUCUAUUGCUUUCGACGGCAGGUUAUGCCAUAAGGCGGAAAGGGGCGUGGGGUAUAGGCAAAUACCACCGCGGGUCAAGACGAGAGAAACGAAACAGGAAAGGACAAGAAAAGAGAAUGAGACCUGUCUUCUCACCCCAUCUCUGGGGUGUCAGGUUGUCUUCCAUCUC